AUAAAUAAUCAUCAAGUUAAAUAAAAUUUAAAGGCAUCAUUGUCAAAAUCUAUACGCAGCAGAAACCCUUGUAAGGAUUAGGUCGCAGUUUAAGACACAGAGGUGAGAGGUUUGUGCCCCGACUCUCAUCUCACUUGUCAGAACCAAGAUUGUGCUAGACUUGGGUUUUGAAGCUAAACUGGUAAUGGAGCGCCAUCAGUUAUCAGAAGAGGCUUCAUUUAAACUACAAGAAGGGAUACAGUUGUUACUCUCACAAUGGUCUUCUCUUCAAGUUGCUGUCGAAAAUGAGUUUGGUGGUCCAGAUUCUCGCAGGAAAUCCCAACAGUUACCUGUUGAUCUGUUCACAUGGUUCACUCAGUCAAAAGGGCCUAUUUAUAUUGAUGAGUUGGAGAACAUGCUUGAUGACUUUAUGCUUUCUCUUAACACUGAACUCGACGAUGGCAGCAUCGAGGAGAUAUCUGAAAAAUUAAUGAUAAUGCAUGAAGAAUGUUUGGAAGGUAAUUUUAUGUCUAUCGAAAGACUGAAGGACGCUCCUAGAGUUUCUGUUCCACAUAUUAAACAGGAUGCAAGUGAUGAUGAAGAUAGUGACGGGAUAGAUUAUGAUGGGAGCUCCGUGGAGAGACAUACUGAAAUGGGAGUUGAUGUCCCAAAAUCCCAGCCAGAUGGUGUUCAAAAUGAUAUGAUGGUGGUUGAUGAGCCAUUGAUCGGAAAAACGGCUGAAGCAGAAGAUGGAUGGACAGUUGUUCCUUCUAGGCGGAGCAAAGGUAAAAGGAACUGACUAGAGAUUAUGAAGAAACAUCACAAAAAUAUUAUUACUCCCCUUUUCUUGUUGGUGAUUCUUGUUUAUGUGUGAAAAGUUUUUUGUUUUUGCUGGCAUAUUGAAUGAAAUGUAUCCAUAACUGGGCAGUCAAGUUUUGACCGAGACUCGUCUAGGUUAUAUUUAUGAUGCCGAGGAGAAUUCGUUAUUUUAAAUAUACUAGCUUAGGACUGGGUGACUAAUAAUUUUGUUAUUUUAGCAUAUGUAUUGUAAUAUUUAAUAUUAAUAUGAAGAAAAAUGUAUUUGGAUA